UUUACACUAUCUUGCCAAAAGUAUUGGGACACUCCUCCAAAUCAUUGGAUUCAGGUGUUCCAACCACCUCCAUGGCCACAGGUGUAUAAAAUCAAGCACCUAGGCAUGAAGACUGCAUCUACAAACAUUUGUGAAAGAAAAGGUCACUCUCGGGAGCUCAGUGAAUUCAAGCGUGGCACCACGAUAGUUUGCCACCUGUGCAAUAAGUCUAUCAAUGAAAUUUCCUUGCUGCCAAAUAUUCCAUGGUCAACUGUUAGUGGUAUUAUAACAAAGUGGAAGCAACUGGGAACAACAGCAACAGCAACUCAGCUAUGUAGUGGUAGGCCACGUAAAAUGACAGAGCGGGGUCAGUGCACAGUGCGCAGAAGUCACCAGCUGUCUGCAGAGUCAAUAGCUAAAGACCUCCAAAUUUUGUGUGGCCUUCAGAUUAGCACAACAACACUGAAUGCUUCAUGGAAUGGGUGUCCAUGGCCGAGUAGCUUCAUCUAAGCCUUACAUCACCAAGUGCAAUGCAAAGCGUUAGAUGCAAGGGUGUAAAGCACACCGCCACUGGACUCUAG